CGGGGGUUGAGGUUUCCUGCAUCGACUCUACGUUUCCGUCUGCGGCGAAAGAUGGGUCGUCCAAAGCUGCGAAAACAAACGAAGUGACUAAAGCUUUGCGUUGCUAGUGGACCGUUGUAAGCCUUCUCCUGCCCCAAGGCCCCUAACAAGCCCCCUGAUUGGAGGGCUUACGGGGAGCUCACUCCUGAUUGGCCAGCAGGCUGCUUCUCUGCAGCUGGCUCAGAUCAAAGCUCAGCUCGCCGUCGCGCAAAUAAACAACUUUAUCGUCGCUGGCAACCGAGCUGUUGCCUCAACUACCAACUCUAACCCUUCCGCCCCUUUUAUACCAACAACACCUCCCUCGCCUACUGCUGCAGCCAUCAAUCUCCUUAACCUUUUGAAGGUUGCUAACACAAUGGCCCAUCCUCUGUACAAUCCUUAUGCUUCAGGGACACAGAGAUCUGUACAGGGGCAGUAUGGAAUGACUAGUACUAAGGCAGGGAUGGACACUACAGGGAUGGACAUUGCAGGGAUGGACACUGUUGGGGCAUCCAGGCACCUGGGCCCUGGGUCUAGCCUAGGAUCAUCCAGGACCUAUUCUGUGAGCUCCAGAAAUUCUGGGGAGCUGCACUGUUCUAUGCUUUCCCAGUCAAUGGCUUACAGGUCUGAGCAGAGUACAUCAAUGUUGCCCACAGAAUUGGAACGCACCAUAGACAGUCAUAUCAGCAGAGCUAGAGAGGAGGUUAGACUACUUAGCCAGUCAAAGCAGCAGCAAGAGCUGCAGGCAACACACCAGGAUUCUCUUCUAAUGAAGACUUCCAGAGAUGAGACCCAUUCCUUUGCAACAGGGAUGAAACCCUAUUCUAUGUCUUCAACCUCUGCCUCCAAAAGGCAUUUGGCUGGACGCUCAAGUGAUCAAAUUGCUAGUGGCUCCUCGGACUGGUUGGAGAGCCACCAGACACCAUCCAGUGUUGCCGCCUCAAGUUUCUAUUCAUCCUCACCCUCCUCUUCUUCAAUACAAAGCAUGCCCCUAUCCUACUCUUCCAAAUCUUCUAGCUUUGUAAGUGGCAGUGAUGACAGAAGUAGUGCUUCCAAUGCAAGAGAGGAUGGUGUGAGUUCUAUUCCAGGUUUAGGGGAUUAUUCAGAAUCCAGCCAGCCCUACUCAUCAACUGCCACAAACUCUAGUCGACCUAAAUAUACAUCUGAAUCUGCUACAGACAUCCUUCAGCGCUUUGGUCUCUCCAAGGAAGACAUGGAGCUUUUCUGUGCCUAUCCUGAUGAUCAGAUUACCCCUGCCAAUUUACCAUUCCUGUUGCGGGACAUCCGCAUCCAAAAGGCAAAGAGAGCAGCAGUCUACGAGACAGUUAUGGGUCCCCAGCCUUCCACUAGAGGGAGAAUUAGUGGUUCUGACCAUUUGGGUGUUUCUGGAGGGGUAAUGAAACAUCAAGAAGAAGUAGCCCCAACCAUUCGCCAACCUAGUAAAGUUAUUGACUAUGGACAUAGUAGUAAAUAUUCUGGAGGGUUUGUUGAUGAGAUUAGUGGAAGGAGUAGUAGUGUUGGAGCUAGUGGUAAUGACAGUGAGAGCUUGUUAGAUAGUUACUUAAGUAGCAGUCGUAACCGAGAAACCCUGCCAAAAAAAACAGGAUUGGAAUCUCGCACUGUGGCUUCUCGAAAUCAGACAAGCUCUACAACGGGUCCUAGUUUUUCUUUCACUUCAAUGUUGAGCUCUAUCACCCCUCCAAGUAAAGACCAAAUCCAGAUACCGAGCCAAGACCAAACCACACGAACUUCGAGACAGGACCAGACCAACCAUCCGACUUUGAGUCCCAUUCUGAAGAAAAAAGACACAGACAUGAGAAACAUACAGCUCAAAGCUUCUGUUCGGGUGAAGGAACCUGGAGCUGACCACCUGGCACAGACAGUGAAAUCAACUCAUCCACCCUGCAUUGUCAGUGCAAUGAAACCUAGUAAAGGGGACAAUGCAGCUAAUGAUCAAACACAGGGUCAAGGGUCUCUGGUUGGACAUAAAAUGCAGCAGCAACAACUGCAGUAUCCGCAUCAACAGCAGAUAUGGCCUCCAGUUUUUGCCGUUCCUCCUCCUCCUCCUCUUCCUCCUCAUCCUCCUCCUCAGGUCCUUGGUCUCUCUGACACUACUACUAGAAUCCAGCCACCAAUGAUUUUCCCGAGGCCUCCCAUGGUUCCACCUCCACUCUUCCCGGGACAGAUGCCCCCUUUCACACCUACACCUACUCCAGAGAAGAUGACGAUUACCAAGAAGUUUCCGACACAGACCAUGAUUAGUGACUAUACAGCAGCCACACCAAGGAUCUUUCCCCAUACCUGUUCUCUGUGUAACAAAGAAUGUUCUCAGAUGAAGGAUUGGAUCACCCAUCAGAACACCAGCCUCCACAUCGUGAGCUGCAGACGCCUCCGAAACGAGUACCCAGACUGGGAUGGUACGGAGGCACAUUUGUCAAGUGCUGUAUCCCCUUCUGUAGGUAGAGACGCCCAGUCCUCCACUUCUGCCCAAAAUUCCAAACAACGUUACCAGGAUGUCAGCCACAGAAGCCUUUUCUAUUCCCGCUCUCGGUCCCGCUCUCCAAGUCCUCAGCGCUACCAUGGCAACUUUUCUUCAUCAAGCAGGACAUCAACAGACUCACGAAGAGCCCAUUCGCGAUCACCCCAUAGCUCCAGACACACCCACAGCAGCCACAGAAGCUGUUCCCGGUCCCGCUCUCCAAGUCCUCACCGCUACCAUGGCAACUUAUCAUCAAGCAGGACAUCAAGGGACUUGCGAAAGGCCCGUUCACCAUCACCCCACAGCUCCAAACACACCCGCAGCAGCCGCAGAAGCCGUUCUCGGACCCCCUCUCCAAAUCCUCGCCACUACCAUGGCUACUUCUCAGAAUCGCGAAGGACCCGUUUGCCUUCGCCCCACAGUUCCAGACACACCCGCAGGUUGCGGUCUCGAUCCCCUCAACGUACAUCCCCUCCCUCUUCCUCCUCCUCGAGUGGCCGUCUUUUCCAAAUAAGGAGCCAUGAGAGACGUUUGGCACCAGAGAGAUCCUCGGGCUACAAACAAGAGGAGACCAGUGCAGAGAGACUGGCCAAGAAACUGCUGGAGACAUCAGCUGUCCAUUUCACAUCAGACAAGUCAGAACUGAAGGCCAUGGUUCAGUCGCUGGCCCCUGCUUUACUAGCUGAGAUAGCCAAGUUGAAGUCCUCCUCUUCUUCCACUAAAGGAGGAAGAUGCUCCUCCUCUCCCUCUACAGGAGAAAAGCACACUUUUAGUGCCUCCAAAGAAGGCAGGCACUCCUCUUCUUAUUCUGGUAAAGGAUUGACGCUUACCACCUUUAAAGAAGGAAAGAGCUCCUCCUUAAAAGAAAGAAAGAGCUCCUCAUCUAAAGGAAAGAGCUCCUCAUCUAAAGAAAAGAGCUCUUCCUCAAAAGAAAGAAAGAGCUCCUCAUCUAAAGAAGGGAAGAGCUCCUUAAGAGAAGGAAAGAGUGCCUCAUCUAAAGAAGGAAAGAGCACCUCUUCUCUUUCCACUAAAGAAGGAAGGAGCUCCUCUUUCUCAAAAGAAGCAAAGAGUUUUUCCCCCAUGAAAAGAAAAAUUUCUUCCAUCUCAAAAACAGGAAAAAGCUCUAUUUCCUCAAAAGAAGGAAAGAGCUUGUCCUCUGGAAAGAGCUCCUCUAAAGGCGGAAAUAAUUUCCCCUCUACCUCCACCAGAGGAAAGAGGCCUGCCUUGCAGGCCUCCUCAUCAUCCACACCUUCAUCAGCAGAGAAGAAGGUUCGUAGGCCCCCCCCAUCUGGAGCCUUGUUGAGACUAAAAGGGAUUCCAACAUUUACCAACAAUGAGCAACUGCUUGCUGCUCUGGAGUGCUAUGGCAAAACCACCAUGGCCUUACUGCUCACUUCCCUGGGGGAGGCGUCUGUGUGUUUUGAGAGAACAGAGGAUGCAAACACUUUGCUCAAAUGCAAGAACUUCACAAUCAAUGGAGCUCCAAUCAAGGUUGUUACAGAGGAGGAGAACUUUACUGAGGAGCAAAAGACGCUUUCAAAUCCACUCAAACCGAAAACCAGCAUAGUCACCGCUAAAAACAACCCAAGGCUCCCAACUCCCAACAUUACCGCAAUAACUAACACCUCUCAAAAGCCAUCGCUGUUUGCUCAAAGGAACCUUAUAUCUGUGCCCAUCGACAAUAGAAAUAUGACCUUGCCCAAGGUCAAAGGUGGAUCUACCAUCACCAAGGCUAAAGUUUUGGUUUCAAAAGCAAAGACUGUGGUUAGCAAGAACACAAAUAAAGUGCAGGCAAAGAACCUUGUCAAGAUGCCUGUAAAGACACCUGCUAAUUCACCUAUAAAGAGCUUGAUACAAGGGACUUUGAAGAAGACCAAGGCUAAAGGAGGGAAUACCAAGAUGAAGUGCUUAGUCAAGGUCCCACAAAUUCAACUAGACUAUUCUGCUCCUAUUGCCAAAAAAUCAGAGAAUCCCAUGCCAGAUGAAUCAGAAACCCAGGUUCAGGAUUCCCUGGUGCCAGUGAUGACUGGUAGUCAAUCAGGAGGGGAGGCCGUGUAUGAGACAAUUGCUGACACACCUAGCACACAGGAACCUCAAGUCAAACGUAACAGUGUCGACAUGCCCAUGGACACAAAUCUCAAUGAAGCAACCGUAGUGUUGGAAAGUGCUACAAAGCAAGUGUUAGUUGAAGAAAUGGACCAUAAAGAGGCUGAGCUUAGAAUGGUGGAAAUUGACAAAAGUGAAGAUAAGGCCUCAGAUGUUAAGGAAGUGGAAAUUGAUGAGACAAAGAAAAUUGAAAGCACUCUGACGAGUGAAAUGAAACACAUGCCCAUGGACACAACUCUCAACGAAGCAUACAUAGUGUUGGACAGUGCUGCAAACCAGAUGUUACUUAAAGAAAUGGACCAUAAGGAAGCUGAACUUGGAAUAAUAGAUCUUGACAAAACUGAAGAUAAGGCCCCAGAUGUUAAUGAAGUGGAAAUUGAUGAGACAGAGAAAAUUGAAAGCACUCUCAAGGUUGAGGAGUUAAAUUCAAAAACUGAGGAAAUUGCACCUGCGACUCUUGCCAUCAAGUCCAGUGACAAUCAAGUUCUAACGGGCAUAGAUGAGUGCAAAUCCACUACACCUGAGUGUCCCAUAUCGUCGCCCAAGGCUGUCGAAUCUACACCCACAGGUUUGGACGUUGGUCACCAGAGCAGUCAGACGGCCACCAAAGGUUUACUAAAAUCCUCACAAGAGGUAUCCCCUGUGGCAGGGUCAGAAACAACCGUGUCACCAAAAGUUUUCACAAACGAGGCCUCCAAAACGGUGUGCCAAGACUCGACAGAGUUUGCCAAGCCAGUAUCUGCUGAAACCAAACAAACUGCAGUACAGCCUGGAACCACCCAGCAACCAGACACCACCACAGCAGCUUCUCACACAGUUGAUACAGCACCAAAACCUGAAGCCCGACAACUACAUUUAAGAAAACUAAACUGUUUCAAAACAACAGAAUGGAACAAGUUUCAGUUCAAACGUUAUUUUAGCAAUGUGGGUACAAAGUUGCUGAUGAUAACACAGCUGCCCAAGUGGCCAGAGCAGAGCUACACACAGGAGGACCUCAUCAAUAUGCUCAGCAAGCAUGGUUACACACACGAGGACUACCUCUUCAUCUUGCCACAAGAGCGAACUGCCUUUGUUGGAAUGAAUUCACCCAGGAAGCUGUUGAACUUGAUAACUGACCACCGUCAAAAUCCUUGGCACUUAGGAAACUGUAAACUGGAAUUCUACAUACUGCUUGAAGAGGUUCACAUGGCACAGGACUGUUUUUAUGAGUCCCUGAUGAGUCUGUCUAAGACCCCUUUGGUUGACGCCCAACUGAAGGACCGUAUGGUUUUCGUGGACAACGUGGAUGAUGCUGAGGACCUUGUGACACAAAUGGCUGAGUUUGUAGGCAUCAGCAGCUAUCUGCCUCUAAUGAGCAAGGUCUUUAUCGAGUUUAAAACUGUGGAGGAUCUCGAUCAUUUUGGUUAUUUGGUGUGCUGCACUGGCCGCUUUUCCAGCUGCCACUUCAAAAGACUAACGGUACCAUACAGCAACCCUUUAGCAUCUGGCUCCCAGGGUGCACAGCCUGGUAACGAGGAUGCUGUUCCAAAUACAAAUGUGAUCGAUCCAGUUCUGCAAGGGGCCGUCCCACCAUUCUGGAUGCCAGUGAGAAAUCCCCCAUUCUACUUUCCCACCGCCACUCCUCAAUUCAGCAUCCCAGCACACAAGACAAUCACAAGUUUGGAUGAUAUUACGGCAGUAACCAAUUGCAGUCCACCCCCCAAAAUUGUCAUGAUAACUGGUUUACCGGUGGAUGGAUAUACGCAUGAAGACAUAACCGUGUUGGCCUGGCCAUAUCUUAACAAAAGUGUUAAUGCCUAUUUCUACUGUGUGGUGCCCUUAACUUUCCAGCGAAGGGCCUUUGUGUAUUUCCCCAGUGGGUUGAAGUGUCAAGAAUUUGUCACAGCCCACGUUAAGAAGCCAUUUUCUGUCCAGGGCUGUGAACUGACCUUACACGUUGUUGUUGAGGCCGGUUUAUGGGCCAAAACUGAUGAGGAACACUUGUACAGUGACAUGUUGAAAUGGCAGAAAAUGGAUGUGAUCAGGCCAUUGACACUGACAGACAAGUUGCUCAUCGUGUUGCUGAAAUGGAGUAGUGUGGACAUUGUUGCUACGCUCAUGGAGUUUGUAUCAAAUGUCACACCCAUCUGCUACUGCCUGCCAUUGGCCAACAGGGUAUGCUUCGAGUUGCCCAGUCGUAAUGCCGUGCAGCAAACAGUGAUGCAGUACAGACUUUUCAAAGGCCAAUGUCUCACCGAGAAACAGAGCGCCUUGUUCAAACUUAAACAAAGGCCUGGAUUUAUGGAUGCUGUUGUAGCUUUUGAAACUGUAAGAAACUUUAGGAGACGUUUGCAUCAACUAAAAAGUAAGGGUCCAUUCCUGCCGGAGUCUCAUGCCUUAAUGGUUGAGAUGACUGCCCAGCCCUCAGCCUUCAUGAAACAAAUCCAGCCUGAUCCGACCAUCCGAUUGGACAAAAAGGAGACAAAAGACUCAACAUCAUUACCUGCAUCUGGGUCAGCCAUUGGUUUGAAGUCUCCCUCUGUGAAUGUCAGCAAAGGAAGCGCUGUCAUUGCCACCUCCAGCACCGAACCAGCACAGCCUGGGCAAAGGGCAGAAGAGCAAAUUCCUGUGAGUAAGGACAUGUUUAAGGUCUUGGCAGAGGCCGUCCGGCAGCAUAGGUUGGCUAGAGAGAGCCAGACCCACAGCCGGAGCCCUGGAGCGAGGGACCAACAAGGGGAGCACUCCGCCAUAGAGAGGAGUGGUGACCCCUCCGAACAGAGCAAAUGCAACUAUGCCCCUUCUGUGGAGGACAAGUAUCCUGGCCAAACCUCCUCCAGAUCCUCUCCUGUUUCCCACAGUAGAAGGAAGGAUACCAGCCCUGCUGCUGCCAAGAGACCUAGGAUAGAGGAGAACAAGAAGAGAGAGAGUCGCACUGGAAGAAACACCAAGGCCCAGACGUCUAAAAACAAACUACAUGGACAGAGUCAUCACUUUGAGGAACAGUUUACCAAAGACACAUUUCCUUCAGAUACCGACAUGUUGGAUUGCGAAGACUUUGACUUUAACGACUUUGUCACUGUAGACGAGAUUGGAGAGUACUCAGAAGAGAAUACAGAGAGAAGCUCCAGCUCAUCCAGCAGCAAACAGAGUACGAAGGAGUCUGCCAAGGCCUCAAACUCCUCCUCUUCAAAAAGCAGCUUAGUUUCACACCCCUCGUCUCCAUCAUUCAGUAAGCUGGAAAAGUCCAAGAGCUUGUCUGUAGCCACCCAAUCCACUGCCAUUCCCUCGUCGUCCUCCACCAAUUCUUCUUCCCCAUCUACUGAAAUCCCAUCCUCUCCUACUCGUAAGACACAACUGAAGAAGACAACCACUGAUACCUGUGAAUCUCCUGCAAAAGCAUCAUCGAUCUUGGAGUCAACAGGGAUAUUUUGUGAGACUAGAUCCUCCAACACCAGUACUGAAAUGUCAAAUAUAACCACAGCCAUCCAGCAGGUUACAGCCAGUGCAAUAACGGAGUAUGCGGAAUCUCAGCCUUCUUCUCAGACAGAGCGAGAGGCUGUAACUGAGCCGGUUAAAGAACCAGUACUAACCAAAGAGGGUGAAGAGGCAAAGUCUGACCACGGGUUGUCAGCAGGGGCCACUGCAUCAGAGAUGCAUCUGUCUUCUCAAGGAGAAGGGGUGGCAAGCUUAUCCAGCAAAGAUUUGCAUGUCCCUGUGAAGGAUGACCAGGACCAGAGUGGUUCUUUGCUGCCACAGGAGCCAAGUUCUAAUCAGAAUCAGAAUAAGGAAGAAACUGUCAAAAUUGACCCGACUGCAGACCAUAAUGAAAAAUGUAAAACUGAGGAUGAAAGUGAUAAUUACCAAGUCCUUGAUUCAGUGGAUGAUCAAGUGAAUGGGAAGGCAGAGCAUGGUUAUCCUGACGGCAGAGAUGGUCUCCCUGAAGGUCAGCUAACCGAAACUCAGGGAGUCCAAUCUUUGUGUGAGGAAAUGUAUGAGAUCUUGGACAGUAUUGAUGAUGAAGUCGAGACUGUCCCAGACAAUCAACUAGUUGCAGGUGACACAGGCACAGUAAAUCAACCCACUGAGGGAGUAUAUGAAAUGACAGGCAAAAGUGAUAACUCUGCUGCCGAAGAUCCCAUGGGUGGAGAUAAAACAUGUAAAGAUAAUCUCAAAGUGUUGGACUCAGUUGGUAAGCAUUCUCCAAAGGACGAGGAUGUCAGAAGAACAAGAAAGAAUAAAAGGGAAGAUGAAGACAGAACAUCCUCAGAAGACACCAACAAAGCUGCCAAAUGUAAUAAAGAAAAUCAAGAUGACAAGAUCCUAAAGGAAGAGCAGACUCCUAAAGUUAAGGAUAGUAAACCCCCAGCUGCCUGCCAAGAUGACGCCAUAGCAGAGCAGGAAACUUUCCAGAUUUUGGAUUCAGUUGAUGAUGAAGAAAAUCCCUGCCCAGUUCGUACCCAAGUCACUGAAGAACCUACUGGUCAGUUAUUUGAAAAAGAUAAUAGGCAGAUGGCAGAAGACGAAGAGGAGGAAGUCAUAUAUCAAAUAAUUGAUAGUGUGGAAGAGCAGCCAACUACAGAUCAAUCAAGCCAAGAUGAGAAGGCAAGCAGAACUAGGAAAGAGAAAAGGACUGCGACAUCAGUAGACAAGCAGACCAAAAGGAGCAGCUCUACUGCUCUGACUGUCAAAAAAGAAAAAUCAUUUAAGACUGAAAAAAGGCCAGCAGGGAAGAACAUCAGUACCAGAGGAACAGAUGGGAAAGAGAAAAAUCUUGAAGAGUUGAUGGAGGAUGCUGAUUAUCAGAUUGUGGAUUCUGUGGGGGAAGAGUCUGUUGAUAGUGAGCCACCUACUACAGGAAUGUCUACCAGAAGACAGAGGGACAGAGCAACAAGGAAGACUACAAGAAAUGAAAAGACAAAACCAUCCAAUAAGGGGGGAACACCAUCAAGGAAGAGCCAAACUUCUGUCAGAGAUCCAGGAGAAGGAAACAGUGGAAAAGAAGUGACCAAAAAUCUGGAUGAGCAGGGAGAUGCCUAUCAGAUACUAGAUUCUGUGGGCGAUGAGCCAAAUGGUGGAGAUAUUAUCACUUCAGAAGCAUCUGAGGGAAGAGAAGAGGACAGGGCUAGUAUGGUGGAGGACAAAUCGACUAAAUUAGAAAAACAAACGAAGAGUGAGACUCUUACCGGCGUGUCUGAAAAAGAGGUUGGUGAGGAAGAGGAGGAGGUCACCUAUGAAAUACUGGAUUCUGUGGAGGAUGAAUCAUUAAUAGCUGGACCAACGGCCACAGGUGGGUCUGAAAUAAGAAAGAGGGGCAGAAAGAGAAGGCUCAAAAUGUCUACAAAAAGCAAUACGCUCCCUGAAGCAUCUGAAAAAGAGGUAAGCAAAGAAGAGGAAGAACCCAUGUAUCAGAUAUUAGAUGCUGUAGAGGAGGAGAUGGUAAAUAGUGACCCAGCCUCAAUAAAGGGUCCCAGCCGAGGACAGAGGAAAGGAACAAAAAAGAAGGAGGCUAAAACAGAGGUCAGACUGACCAGGAAGACCCGCAGCAAUGCCGCACUACUCGGAAACGACACAGAAGUUAAAACUAACAAGGAAGAGAAGACCCUGGACAUGGGAGAUGCCCAAGUGACAAUGGAAAGCGCCCUGGUGAAUCUGGAUGAGGUGAGUGAUGAAGAGGAAGAUUAUCCGGAUGACACAGUUGAGGAGGAGGAGCUAAGGAAGAAGCAAGCUGCCGCACAAGAUAAGCAGCAGGCCAAGGAAAGAGAGCAGGAGAGUAGCAGAGGAGGAGAGGGAAGACGGAACAGGGGGGAGGCGAGAAAUAUGGAGGAGGAGGAGGUGUUGGUGACUUUGGAUGAGGUGGGGGCAGAUGAGCCUGGAGAUGGGGACGAUGAGGGAGUGGAGAGCAAUGGAAGACAGGAUGCAGGAAUUAGCGAGGGGGAGCUGCAGGCGUUGGUCACGCUGGAUGAGGUUGUGGGAGAAGAGGAGGAGGUAAGGGCGGAGCCAAGCCCCCCAGAGGCCUACCUACUCAACCAGGAGAACGAGUCGGGAGGUGCCUUUAACCCUGAGACUCUGCUGACUUUAGAUGAGACAGGCGGAGAGGAAGAAGAGGAAGCACAGACAACCUCAAAAGCUGCUAAACGCAGGUUAAGGAAGGAUGAUAAAGAAGAGAGGACGAACUUUGUGAUGGUAGACGAGGUCAGAGAGGAGGAGGAGGUGGUAACAGUCAGGACGAGAGGCAGGCCCAGGAAGAGAGCCAAAGUGGCCCCUGUGAGAAAAUCCACUAGAGGAAAACAUGCGAGCCGAAAAGGGGAGCUGGAAGAUUAGAGUGUUACCUUUUGACUGCUACAUAGCCCUUGUCCGUGCUGUGUACUGUACAUCUCUGCAACGUGGCCACCGUUUGUCUAUGUCCUGUAAUUAUGCCUGCCUCAGGAAUUGUCGCUUGGGAAUAAAGUUUUUUUAAUUGAAUGUUAGUUCUGAAAUGGCCUCUUCCAGUGACCACUCUGCCCCUCCCAUUACCCAGAGUACCUCCUCCUCAUUGGUUGACAGGUUGCCUGUGUGACGGCCUUGAAAAGGGAGAAAAUCAAUAAAGACCCAGCUAAUGGUGUACCCUCUCUAUGGAGAAUGAAGCAGCCAUGGCGUGAGCUCCUGCUUCUGGACUUGUUAAAGGUUUUUUUUUUAAGGAGUUGUUUAUCCAAUGCGAGGGUCUGAGGAUGGGAUGUUGUGUUGUUGUAAAGCCCCUUGAGACAAAUAAAAUUGACUUGACUUAAAGACAUAAGUAAUCAAUCACCUAGGACAGCUUGUGCAAUCAAUCACAGACUAUUUUACUGUUUUUCACCACCUUAUAUUUGGUUUAUAUGGGAACAUUUUCCCUUCUCUCUUAUUGCCUUACUCCUGUUGGUUUAAUUCUGCUAAUGAGAGCCACACCCUGACUUUCUGUACCUUCUCUGUAUUUGUUUCUGACAAUUUUAAAACUGCACUAUUCU